AUGAAGCUGCAGAAAUGUCAUCAUCUUCUUCUUCACGGGAUUGUUUUGUUUUCUUUGUUAAUGAAUUGUUGCGCGAGAUUCGUGGUGGAAAAGAACAGCUUGAGGGUGACUUCGCCGGAGAAAAUUAAAGGAACCCACGACAGCGCAAUCGGAAACUUUGGGAUACCCCAAUACGGCGGAACCUUGGCCGGCGUCGUGGUUUACCCCAAGGUGAACCGGAAGGGUUGUAGAAGCUUCGGUGAGUCCGGCAACUCCUUCAAAUCCAAGCCCGGCGCUCUUCCCACUUUCGUUCUGAUCGAUCGUGGAGAUUGUUUCUUUUCCAUAAAGGUUUGGAAUGCACAGCAGGCCGGUGCUCAUGCAGUUCUUGUCGCCGACGACGUUGCAGAAGGAUUGAUCACCAUGAACACGCCGGAAGAGGAUCGAUCGUCGGCCAAAUACAUCGAGAACAUAUCGAUCCCGUCGGCUCUUGUCGACAAAAGCUUCGGCGAAACUCUAAAGAAAACGAUCAACGGCGGUGAUAUCGUCAACGUUAAUCUCGACUGGCGAGAGGCCGUUCCUCAUCCCGACGACCGUGUCGAAUACGAGCUUUGGACCAACAGCAACGAUGAAUGCGGCGUUAAAUGCGAUAUACUAAUGGAAUUCGUCAAGGACUUCAAGGGUGCUGCACAGAUACUCGAAAAAGGUGGCUAUACGCAGUUCACGCCACAUUAUAUAACUUGGUACUGCCCUCAGGCCUUCACCCUAAGCUUGCAGUGUAAAUCUCAGUGCAUCAACUAUGGAAGAUACUGUGCGCCGGAUCCCGAACAAGAUUUUACGACCGGAUACGAGGGGAAAGACGUUGUCAUUGAGAAUUUACGGCAGCUAUGCGUUUUCAGGGUCGCAAACGGGACCGGUAAGCCUUGGAUGUGGUGGGACUAUGUGACAGAUUUUAAAAUACGAUGCCCGAUGAAGGCGAAACGAUACAACAAGGACUGUGCAGAUGAUGUUAUCAGAGCUCUUGGCAUUGAUGUUAAACAGAUUGAACAGUGUAUGGGAGACCCUAAUGUAGAUGCAGAGAAUCCUGUUCUAAAAGAAGAACAAGAUGCUCAAGUGGGGAAAGGUCCUCGGGGAGAUGUUACCAUAUUGCCAACGAUCGUCGUUAACAAUCACCAAUAUCGAGGAAAGCUGGCCAAAGUUGCUGUUAUGAAGGCCAUCUGUGCCGGUUUUGAGGAGACGACCGAGCCUUCUAUUUGUUUGAGCAGCGGUGAGUUUUUCUGUUGUACUUUGUUGUUAGAGACGAUCAAGACGGACUUGAUCACGGCUGCUUGUGUGGCAGAUGUGGAGACGAAUGAAUGCUUGGAGAACAAUGGUGGUUGUUGGACACGUUCCGUGGGAGAGUCUGCGAGUGUCCCUUCGUCGAUGGUGUCCGAUUUAGCGGAGACGGUUACCGUCAUUGCGAAGGUGCAGUGCCCGAUUGAUUUUUUAUCGUGUUUGCUUAUGUUUGAUGAGGCGACACUGCUUUCUUGCAUGACAAGGCAUUUCUCACCUGUUUCUGUUUUUACCAAUCAGCUAGUGGCACCGGAAGGUGCAGAAUCAACAAUGGAGGAGGUUGGGAACAGUAAAUGCGAGUGUCCUCCAGGGUUUAAAGGUGACGGUAUCAAAACCUGCGAAGAUAUCGAUGAAUGCAAAGAGAAGAAAUUGUGCCACUGCCCCGAAUGUCGCUGCCAAAACACUUGGGGAACUUACGAGUGCACGUGCACCGGAGAUCGUUUGUAUAUCCGGGACCGGGACCGGGGUGCCUGCAUAGGUAAGGCCGGUGCCGAAGUAAGAGCAUCAUGGGCUGCCAUUUGGGUCAUUGUAAUUGGCUUGGCGAUUUCCGGUGGCGGGGCUUAUCUCAUAUACAAAUACAGAUUAAGGUCGUACAUGGAUACGGAAAUCCGGGCUAUAAUGGCACAAUACAUGCCUCUAGACGGUCAAGCCGAAGUUCCGACUCACGCGAGCGACCAGGCAUGA